CAAUAUAUGUGACAUUACGAAAAGUUACCAGAUACAGUCUGCUAUAUCUUUCUGUCAAAGUAAGGCAACGCGUUCUGUAAUGAAUUUGUGUAAUGAGCAAGAAAAGUGAACGGAUAAAUGUGGCAUAAAAUGGCUUUACCGGAGUUUUUCGUUUAAAAUACUUAAAAUAAUGUAACAUAUGCAGCAAUAUAGAAAAAUAUAAUUGAUUGGUACUAUGUUUUAAAACAUGCCCUCUGAGAUUAAUGUUAAAAAUAUAGCUUGUGAAAAAGAUAAUAAAGAAAAUGAAUCUGAAGAACAAUCUGUUACAUUAUUAACAGUUGACACAAUAAAUGAAGGAUCUUCAACUACGGUAAAUCAUGUGGAAACUACUACUAUAAAAAGUAGUAAUAAAAAAUGUAAUAAAAAAAUAUUUAUGUCUAGUGUUAAAAAUGAUUUUAUAGAACAAAAUGAAAAUGCUUCAUUGUCAUCAGAUGUAAUCUGUGCAUCAAAUGAAAAUGGUUUGCAGCAACAAGAAGCAUCUUCUGAAGAAGUAAUUAAUAAAAUAAGUAAUAUUCAAGAAUUGAACUUACAUGAAGAAUCAAAUGCAUGUUGUGAAUCAACAUGUAAUAAAGAAAAUAUAAUUUCCAAAUCUGCUAGUAUAGCAGUAUUACCAGCAAGAUGUGAAACUGAUAAUAUUAUUGUUGCUCCAAAUAUAUUGAAUGAUGAAAUUAUACAUAAUUCAAAUCAGAAACAUAUAUUAUUGUCUCAUAAAAAUUUAACAAGAAAAAAGUGUUUUCUGGCAAGUGUAGAUAGUAGUUCUGGAAAGAUAAACAGUUUUAUAGAACAACUGCCUUUAUCUUCCAAAAACAUGAUUAGAAAGAAACAAUUUUUUAAUAAAGAUUUGCAAUCUAGUAGUACAGAAUCACAAUAUGAACAAAAUGUAGGAGACAGACAUAACAAUAAUGAUGAUAAUGUCUCACAACAAUUUAGUUCUCAAUUUCAGAAUAGAGAUAUAAAAGGUGCUUGCAGUUUACCUCUACAAGAUGUAGCUUCAUGUAGUUCUGAUGAACAAUCACAAUUUCUAAGUACUUCGAUAAAUGAAACACAUAGUAAUGAUAUUGCUAAUGCACAUAAAUCAUUAAAUUUUACAGAAAAUAAUAAUAAGAAUACAAAUGAAAAUUUAGGCAUAUUAAAUGAAGCUGGUAGUUCACAUAUGUCUAAAAGUGUGCCAAAAUCACAGAACACUUUGACAGACUUAGUACAUUGUAAUGAUAUUAUAAAGAAACCAUUUAAACUGCCAAUUUUAGAAAAUUUAUCUGAAACUGCCAGUGCUCAACAAACUGAGCUGGAAGAAAAUGCUGUAGCAUUAUUAGAACCAUCAAUUAGAAAAAAUCAUUUAGAGGAAGCACAAGGCAUUGAAAUAGAACCGCGUUCUUCAAAUAGUAGUGAUGCAAGCAAUUCUGAUACAGAAUCACAGCAAGCAAUCUUAGGUCAUAAUGGGACCAAAAAGAGACCAUGUGAUACAAAUGGUAUUGUAACAAAAGAAGGUGUGGAAUAUUAUCAGUUAUGGCGAAGUACAGAAGGCUUUUCAUUUCCUGAAGGUUUAUACGAAACAUUAUAUCCAAAUCCUCCACCAUUACCACCACGGGUAACUCACAAACUUUUGCAUAGAAGUAAUGCUUUGCCAACUGGUCCACCAGAAUUACCUAAAAGACAUCCUCAAAAAUAUUCUGCACCUUUGCAUCCUGAAGAUUGUUUUGGAUUUGAAAUCGUAGAUGUUGAUGAAGCUUCUAAUUCAAAGUCGCGAAGAGCUGUUACAAAAAGUAUAGCGCUGUUGAGUUCACCAAGACCACCUAGACCAUUAGAAAGACCAAUAUCCAGUUUAACAAAUCAAUUAGAAUGUCCACCAACACCUACACAUCGUCCGAAGCCAUUACGUCCUUUACCGAUGUGCCAAACAUCUAAUGUACCAUUAUCAUCUGAAGAACCUUUGCCUCCAUCAUGGGAAGCAAGAAUCGACAGUCAUGGUCGGGUAUUCUAUAUAGAUCAUAUUAAUCGAACGACAACUUGGCAGAGACCUAGUUUAACAACACGAAACACUGGUUGCGAUCUUCGAAGACAGCAAUUAGAUAGACGUUAUCAAAGUGUUCGUCGAACCAUUUCUCGACCUGACAAUAUUGAUCGUGAACCAUCUAGUUCACAACAUACAAAUGGAAAUAAUUUCGAGAAUAUUGAACGGGCGAAUGAACGAAUUGAAAGAAAUGAAACUGAACCAUUUGAUAUCAGUAUGAGUCCUCCAGUAUUAUUUUUAACAAGGCCCGAUUUUUUCACAGUAUUACAUAGCCAUGCAGAAGCAGUGGAAUUAUAUAAUCGUAAUCCUAGUUUAAAACAUAUGAUUAGUAAAAUUAGAAGAGAUACUGCAGUAUUUCCAAGAUAUGAACAUAACAGAGAUUUGGUAGCAUUAAUAAAUUUUUUUGCUGAUUCAGCUAAAGAACUUCCAAGAGGUUAUGAAUCAAAACUUGAUAGAACAGGCAAAAGAUUUUUCAUUUGUCAUGCUAGAAAAGCAACAUCUUUUAUUGAUCCAAGAUUGCCUACUGAAUCAAUUCACAUACGAACAUUAAUAGAUGAAGCACCAGUACCACCACCUAGACCUCAACAAUCAGCUAUCACAACUAUACCAGAUAUACCCGUAGCUUAUAAUGACAAAGUUGUUGCUUUCUUGCGUCAACCUAAUAUAAUGGAUAUUUUAAAAGAAAGACAUUCAGCAUUGGGGCAAAAUAUUGCACUUCGAGAAAAAGUAAAUACAAUACGAAUUGAAGGUACAACUGCUUUACAACGAUUAGGACAUGAUGUACCUCUAGCAUUAUUAUUAAGCUUAUUUGAACAAGAAAUUAUGUCAUAUGUACCUGGAAACGUUGGCAGAUCUCCAUUAGGUAGUCCGCAUGCUUCGCCUGGCUUAACAAGAGCUUCUGCUAGAGCUCCAGCUCCCUACAGAAGAGAUUUUGAAGCUAAACUUAGAACAUUUUAUAGGAAAUUAGAAAGUAAAGGAUAUGGACAAGGUCCAGGAAAAUUAAAAUUGCAUAUUAGAAGAGAACAUUUUUUAGAAGAUGCUUUUACUCGCAUUAUGGCUGCUUCAAAAAAGGAUUUACAAAAAAGUAAAUUAGUAAUUAUGUUUGAUGAGGAAGAAGGUGUAGAUUAUGGUGGUCCAUCCCGUGAAUUUUUCUUUCAUCUAUCGCGAGAACUUUUUAAUCCUUAUUAUGGAUUAUUCGAAUAUUCUGCUAACGAUACUUAUACUGUACAAGUAUCGCCAAUGUCAGCUUUCGUAGAUAAUUAUCAUGAUUGGUUCAGAUUUUCAGGCAGAGUCUUAGGUUUAGCUUUAGUUCAUCAAUAUUUGCUAGAUGCCUUUUUUACGAGACCAUUUUAUAAAGCUCUUUUGAGAAUACCAGCAAGUUUAAGUGAUUUAGAAAGUUUAGAUCAAGAAUUCCAUCAAAGUUUAAUGUGGAUUAAAGAAAGAGAUAUAAGUAUCGAACCAUUGGAAUUAACUUUUUCGGUCACGGAGGAACUUCUUGGACGAGUAGCUGAACGUGAAUUAAAACCAGGAGGUAGAAAUAUUGCUGUUACAGAGAAAAAUAAGAAAGAAUAUCUUGAAAGAGUUGUACGUUGGAGACUCGAGCGUGGUAUUGCUGAACAAACAGAAUCUUUAGUUCGUGGAUUUUAUGAAGUUGUAGAUCCACGAUUAGUAUCAGUUUUUGAUGCACGAGAAUUGGAAUUAGUAAUAGCUGGAGCAGCAGAAAUUGACCUUAAUGAUUGGAGGACACAUACAGAAUACAGAAGUGGUUAUCAUGAUGCUCAUCCAGUAGUAGAAUGGUUUUGGAGCAGUAUAAGUCGAUUUACUAAUGAACAACGAUUAAGAUUACUACAGUUUGUUACUGGUACAUCAAGCAUUCCAUAUGAAGGAUUUGCAGCUUUACGUGGAUCUACAGGACCACGGAAAUUUUGCAUUGAAAAAUGGGGAAGACCAAAUAGUUUACCCAGAGCUCAUACAUGCUUCAAUCGUUUGGAUCUUCCACCAUAUCCUACACCUGAAAUUUUAUAUGAAAAGCUUUUAUUGGCUGUAGAAGAAACAAAUACUUUUGGAAUAGAGUAAAACAAUUUGUUACGAUUACAGCAAGUGCAUAAGAAAAAUAUCAUAUUAUGAAUGAAGUGUUAUUGGAUUUAAAGGUACAUUAAUUAUUCUCAUAUUUAAAAACUCGUGAUUGGAUUUUUAAAAUCACUACAAUCAAAACUGUAUCAAAAUGUAUAUAUUUAAUAGAAACAGUGUUGCGCAUAUUUUGAAAAUUUUAA